GGCCAGCCCCUUCUGUGCUCACCUCUUUCUGUUGGGAGGGUGCGUCCUCUCAUUCCACUUGUUAGAGGCUUGCUCACAUAAAGGAGGGGGCUCUAAUACUUUGUCUGCUCUUCAUCCAAACACUUGAUAGCAGAAUUCCAGACUGCAAAAAAACAGCAACCAAGCAAGCUAGAGACUCCGUGCAUGUGAUUUAACUUGAGAUGGCUCAUCACCGUCAUCUGAUCUUUUUGUGCUUGGUGAUAUAUGCAAGAGAAGCGAUCGCUCAGAAUUCAACAUCUACAAAUCCCCAGAACAUAUCCGUUUUACCUCCUGGUUGUGGUCAGGAUGUGACAUGGAUUUUCUUCUCCUUAUGUGAUUUGAAAGCUGCCUGGGGUAUUAUCCUAAUAUCUGUGGCAGCCUUAGGUAUUUUGUGUACAAUAAUAUUAAUAUUAAUAUGUAUAGCCCUUGCUCCUUCUGUUUCUCAUGAUGAGCGCAAAGGUGCCUUAGCUUUAAAUUUUCUUUUUCUUUCUGGAGUUUUUGGAUUAUUCUCUUUAGUUUUUGCCUUUGUCAUUGCACCUAAUUCCACAGUGUGCAUAAUCCGCAGAUUUUUGUUUGGUGUGGUAUUUGCCAAAUGUUUUGCCUGCCUGGUGGCACAUUCAGUGAGGCUCAACUACCUAGUGCUUCAGAAUCGUGGCCCUGGAGGGUGCCUAGUGUUUCUGCUUGCUAUUGGACUUUUCUUGGUAGAAGCAGUAAUAAACAUGGAAUGGCUUCUUAUUACUAAUGUACGCCAGACUCCGCAAGACAUUGGUCAUCCAUGCAACAUUACCAACCAGGACUUUGUGACUGCGUUAGUCUAUGUUAUGUUCCUCAUUGUGGCAUCACUGGUAAUCCCUUGCCCAGUGCUUCGUGGACACUAUUUACAAUGGAAGCGCCAUGGAAGACACAUUGUAUCUACUGCAUUUCUGUCUCUUCUCAUCUGGGUGGCCUGGAUUGUGAUGUAUCUGUAUGGCAAUGAGAAAUUAGGCCAUGAAUCUUGGGAUGAUCCAGUUCUGGCCAUAGCUUUGGCAUCAAACGCCUGGGUCUUUAUCUUGUUCUAUGCCAUACCGCAGCUUGUCGAGAUGACAAGGUCUGGAUACAAAUAUGAAGGAGACAGGCUGAACAUCAUGAAUAGGCAUUCUGAUGAGCCACCCUCUAUAAUAAUGGAGAACAGAGCCUUCUCUAUGGAUAACCCGGAUGCAGUGGAGCCAGCCAGCUCUAGAAGAGAACAAAACAAGCCGGUUUCUCCAUACAGUAACUACACUGGUCUCUAUCCCACUCUGCCGUUACAUCCUGCGGAAGUGGAUAGUGUGAAUCAAAUACCUGUACAUCUACCACGGAUCUCAAUGGAACCUUGGCGAUACCAUCUUUAAAUCUCAGACACAUUGACAGUGCACAGCUCCGACCUGACAAGAAGACCAUGUUAAAGUUCAAUUGGGCAAAGUUCAGAACAAGACGUGUCGGUGUCAAGGGUCUGAUAUAACCCUAAGAGAAGCAGACAAAACAAAUUGUAUCUUAAGUCAUCUCAGCAAUUCUUCUUUUCCAGUGCUAUGAAUAUUUAAAGAGGCUGCAUUAUAAUUUAAUCAUUCUUGGUCUGAUUUACUAUGUUUCCUACUUGCCAGACAGCUCCCCGGAGCCUUAAUUAACAAACCUGUUAACAAUUCAAACGGACAAAUGUUUACUUGUAGUGCAGUGAGUAGGAAACAUCUGUGCUUUAUUGGUCAGUUAUUCUGGCACUUAGGUGUUGUGUUAAAGAGUAAAGAAAAAGUCAUACCAGUACUGUGUAUAUCAUUGAACCAAAGAAAAUCAG